AUGAAUUUUUGGCUACGGGGUAUCACCCGCGACAUCCCCACGCAUUAACUUUUUUAUCAUUUAAGUACUCAUAAAUCUAACAUAUGGGUCCUCAAAAUCCCCACUACUACUACUAUUCACAUUUAAUUAAUUUCCUCUCUCUCCAUAUAUAUAUACAUAUCAGUUACCUAUAUAUACAUAUAAAUAUUCUCAUAUGUCUGACCAAACUAAUAACAAUCCAAGUAAACCCAUAUUAUUAGACCAAACCAAUCUUGACUUCCCUUCUUCUUCUUCUAGUACUACUACAACUCCAAUUCAAACUACACAACAUUAUUCUACUUCUACGUCACAAUCGUCUCACACGUGUGAAACCCUUAUAAGCCCUAAUAACCAGGCCACGUCAUCAUCAAUGGCUUCAACUAGCAGCAGAAGUAGUAGUAAACACCCUAGGUAUAGAGGGAUUCGCUGUCGGAGUGGGAAAUGGGUUUCGGAGAUCCGAGAACCACGUACACCAACCCGGAUAUGGCUCGGGACUUUCGCCACGCCAGAGAUGGCGGCAGCCGCCUACGACGUGGCAGCUCUUGCCCUAAAAGGAGCUGAGGCAGUCCUUAAUUUUCCCAACUCAAUCCGUGAGUACCCGGUCCCGGCUUCAGCCUCAGCCGGGGACAUUCGCAGCGCGGCUGCAGCUGCUGCAGCAUUUAAGAAGGCGGAGCUUACUGCAUUGGAGGCGAGACGCCAGCAAACGACGUCAUUUCGUGAAAAUAGUGAUGAUAACGAAACGACGUCGUUUGAGCAUUAUCAUUAUUAUGGUGAGUUUAUGGAUGAGGAUGCAUUGUUCGGUAUGCCGAAUCUGUUGGUGGAAAUGGCGGAGGGAAUGUUGCUUUCCCCUCCGCGAAUGAGCUCGCCGUUGUCUGAGGAGUCUCCCGGUAGCUCAGACGGAGGAGACAGCUUGUGGGGAUAUUUUUAGUGAUAUAUACAUAUAUUGUGGCUAAAAUGCUAUAUUUAUAUAUAUAGUUCAUCCUAAUUUCACAUAUAUACUGACAAAAUUGAAGUAAAAAGAGUAUGAGAAAUUGGAGCAUGUGUGAGUCAAUUAGUAUUAAAUAUAUAUGGAACGCAUAUUCAUAUAUAUGAAACUGAGAGUAGAUGAUUUGAUGAUUAGUAUCAAAUAAAAUUCAUACAUGGAAAUUAGGGCUAGCAUGACCACAGCAGGACGUAUGUAUAAACAUACAUAAGUUUAUAUAUAAGUUAUGAAAAAUUAUGAAGAAGUACAUGUAGUUUACAUGGUGUGAUGAAACUAAUUAGUCACUCAAAUAGGUUUUUCUUUCCGGAUUAAAAUUAUUAGAGAGAGAGAGAGAGAGAGAGAGAGAGAGAGAGAGAGAAAACAUUGUGAGGCUUUUCCAAUUAGUGUAUGGGUGGUUUAUUAUUAUUUCGGUGGAUUUACUUUUUGCUGAUCUUAUAGAAUUAAGUGCAUGCAUACUACUGUUUUGUAGAUUUUGUUGGGUUUUUAUUUUCUUUCUCUUAUUUUUAAGUUUCUGGGUUUAAUUUCUUUUUCCGAUAUCAUAUAAGAUAUUGUUUCCUUUGAUGUUCAAAAAGUUGAGUAAUUAUAUGAAAUGGGUCUUUUUUGCAACCUUGA